AUGGCUUGGUCAUCAAUUGAACCAACUUUCCCCCGGGUAACGUCAUGCUUGGCUCCCCGACACCCCGGAGGAGGCUCGGUCUUCGUGUUCUUGAGAUCAGACGCCGCCCCCGUCCAGUUCCAUAAACCCUCUCGCCGCCGUGGACUUGCUCACGAAAAACCGUCGAUCUCCCCAAAGUCAUCGAAGCCCAUGCCGAUGCCAUGGGAAACCUUCAUACCCCUCGGUCUCUUGACAGUGAUGUUUGGAGCCUCCGGAACCCUACUGAACGCCGCUCGCAGAUUUCAAAAUGAUGGCAAGCCUCCGGAUUACACUGUCGACAAGUGGGAUGAAAUGAUGCAAGAAAGAAACCGAAGAUUGACUGGUAGUCUUCGAGGGCAAUGUGUCGAGGAAAAAGCACCACUCGAAUUUCAAACAAGUUCUGCCUGGCCGGUGGAGAAGGUCGUAUGA